AUGAUUGCCCUACAGCAAGGAACCACGGAUGAUAAUUUCCGCCAAUCACUAGCCAAGAGGGCCCCUGAAAAUAUGAAUGAGCUCCAGGAGAGGGCCGGGAAGUAUAUCAAGGCUGAGGAAAGCCUGAAGAAAUCUCAGAAUAACCAGGGACCGACCUCGAACCCAAAGAAAUGUGGAAAUGACACUGAGUACAACGCGGAUAGUAAGUAUUCAAAGACAGGGGAUGGUGAUAAGUCCCCCACCAAAAAGAAAGCAGGACCGAGGUUCACUGAGUUUCAUAAGGAUACAGGACAUAAGACCGAUGAUUGUCGGCAGUUGAAGGAUGAGAUCGAGUUUUUGAUCCGAAAAGGCAAGCUGUCCAGGUAUACUUGGGAUACGGACAAGAAUCCCCGUGACAAUGACAACCGUGGAAGAGACAACGAUGAUAGGAAUAAGAGAAACCAGCCUAGAGGGCCUGUGAUCAAUGUAAUCUCUGGAGGACCGACCGCAGCAGGCCUAUCUAGUAACUCACGAAAAGCUUAUGCUCGUGAAGUGAUGUACAUUGUUGGAGAGCCCCCGAAGAGGGCAAAAAUUGAGUUUGCUUUAGCAUUCGACAAUUUAGAUCUCGACAGAGUUAAAUUUCCCCAUGAUGAUCCUUUGGUAAUCACCCCGGUGAUUGGAAACUCUUCUGUAAAAAGGGUACUCGUUGACAGUGGAGCCUUAGUAGAUAUCUUAUUUCAUGAUGCAUAUGAGAAGAUGGGAUAUUCUGAUUCAUAA